AAUAUUGCUUUGACAGAUAAUGCAGUAAAACAUUGCAGGAGUUGAACAGACUAAACUUUUAUCUCUUGUGUAGUGCUAUCAGUACCUGAACGAUUAUCGACAGUAGGAAAAACAGCUGGAUACUAUAAAUACGGUGUUUUGUUAGAAUAUUGAUGACAUUGAUGUGGAUGCAAAACGUUAGUUCAGUAAUCUGAGGUUUAUGAUUAUACCGUAAAAUGCGGUCUCAGUGCUCACUGGUAUGAUAAUAAUUUUCCUCAGCAUCAAAGAUUACAGUACCUUGUCAGUUUCGAAGACAGAACGAUUGCGGUCUUAGCAGACUAGUUGCGUUUCUUGCUGCUCGUCAGUUUAUUCAGUCGAAGGUUUCCUCCACUGCGAAGAGGAGUCGGCUCCACACGUUCACUGUCACGGUCACGCCAUCAUGGUCUCCGUGUAUUCUUAUUGUCUGCUAUCUGUGAGCCUUAUCGGGUAUUUGGCUAUUGUAUCUCACGCUUGUACAAAUGGAGAGAUUAAUGAUAAUACUGUAACAGAGAAGGACAUAUCAGAUGUAAUUCAGGCGCAUAACGACUACCGUGCUACAGUUGCGCUUGGUCACCUUGAAGAUCAACCACCAGCUCAGGAUAUGCAGAAAAUGACAUGGGACAGCGAACUGGCUGACAGAGCACAAUAUUGGGCCAAUCAGUGCAUGUUCAAGCAUGAUGGAGAUAGAGGGAAAAAUACUGGACAGAAUUUGUAUAUUAUAUACUAUGGUGGACCUCAUGCAGAGCGACAACAUAACUUCACUCAAGCCGUAGAAAGCUGGUACGGAGAGCAUAAAUAUUACACAUAUAAGAAGCUUGAGAGUGGAGACUCCAAUGAUCCAACAACUCAAACUGGUCAUUAUACUCAGGUGGUGUGGGCCGAUACUAACAAAGUUGGGUGUGGAUUUGCCAGCUACUAUCAAACUGAAAAGGAACAAGAUCAAAUACUCUAUGUGUGCAAUUAUGCGCCGGCAGGAAAUUACAUUGGACAGUACCCAUACAUAGACGGAAAAACUGAUUGCAAAGGGAAUGGAAUGUCCAACAGCGACAUUGAUGGGCUCUGUAAGCUUUAGCAAAAUUGAAAAUUUUGCUACAGAGAUUGGAAGAUUAAACUAUGAGUCUCAAGAUAUGAUCUGGAUGAAAAUCAAAUUCAGAAGAAAAACUAUCAAGUAAUUUUGCACUCUUCAGGACCAAAAAAUAGAAAUAGGCUACAAAAAUUAACUGCCUCUUGCUUCCAUGUAUUAUUUUAAGUUAACUCAAUGCAUGUUGUUUAUCAUGUUUAUGUUUAUGUAAGUAGCCUAGGUAUUAUAAUUAAAAAAAAAAAUAAAAUUUAUUUCCACUUUCAUACAACAUACACGAUACAGUAGUCUAUAAUAAGAAUGAAUUAUUCUAUAAUACACAGUAUUAACCAUUUAAUGAAAAUGAAAAUCACCACCAGCAAAAGUAAAACUUGCUGGCUGGUGGGAAUCACCGGAAUGUUAUAUGCUACUGGAUGAUAUUCGAAUAUAUACAGUAUAUAUUUUAAAUUGCCUUAAAAUGAUGUACUUCGUUGGAAAUAAAUACAGUAUAUGAUACUGCAAUACUCGCACAAAUAUGCUUUACUAUGAAUGCAUUACCUAGGUAUCGUUUGAAGAUUUUCUUCCGAUGAUUAUAGCCUGUAUGCAUCUGAUUUUGUAGCCUUCAUGUGAUUAAAUAAAACGAUUUCUCAGCAUUUA